AGCUUAGCAAGCAGACUAAGCGUCGUAGGUAACCUUUAGCAACGAAGGAAGCAGAAGUAUUUUCGCCUGCUAUUAAAAGCAAAGAAGUGGUAAUUUCAAGUUGAAAAUGGCUGCACCGGUACCCACGCUUUUACCUCUGGAAUUGGUGGAUAAAUGCAUCGGUUCGAGAAUCCACAUUAUCAUGAAGAAUGACAAGGAGAUUGUAGGAACUUUACUUGGAUUCGACGAUUUUGUCAACAUGGUAUUGGAGGAUGUAUCAGAAUUUGAAUCUACGCCGGAAGGAAGACGUGUGACAAAAUUGGACCAAAUCCUACUAAAUGGUAACAAUAUCACUAUGUUGGUUCCGGGUGGAGAAGGACCAGAAACCCAUUCAUAAUUUUUUUAAACUCCAAAAGAAAAUACAUCAUUCACCCAUA